AGCAGGGAAGGACGCCGCUGCCGGCAGCGGGCAGACACCGCUCUGGGCCCGGGGCCACCGCGCGCGCCCAGACCCCGGCGGCGGGCGGAGCCACGGCGCGCGCCGACCCCAACGGCAGCUCAGGCUCGCGCCCCUCCCCGCGCCUGGCUCCUCGGCGCCCGCAGGGGCUCUGGCUCGCUCCAGCGUUGGGGUGGCGGACCCGAUGCCUGGGCGCGAUCCUCCGCGCGUGGCCCGCGGGCUCCCGGGCGCCUGGCUGCUGCUGCUGGGCGCCCUGGGCGUGCUGGGGGCCGCGGGGGCCCCGGGCGCGCCGCGCCCCUGCCAGGCGCCGCAGCAGUGGGAGGGGCGCCAGGUCGUGUUCGAGCAGCGGAGCGGCCGCAACAGCCGCGCCCUGCUGGCCUACGACGGGCCCGGCCGGCGCGUGCGGGUGCUGGACGAGCGGAAGGCGCUGAUCCCCUGCAAGAGAUUAUUUGAGUAUAUUCUGCUCUACAAGGAAGGAGUGAUGUUCCAGAUUGAACAGGCCACCAAGCAGUGCUCGAAGAUCUCCCUGACUGAGCCUUGGGACCCUCUGGACAUUCCUCAGAACUCCACCUUUGAAGACGAGUACUCCAUCGGGGGCCCUCAGGAGCAGAUCACUGUCCAAGAGUGGUCCGACAGGAAGUCGGCCAGAUCCUAUGAAACCUGGAUUGGCGUUUACACAGCUAAGGAUUGUUACCCUGUCCAGGAAACGUUCAUCAGGAAUUACAGCGUGGUGCUGUCCACACGUUUUUUUGAUCUGCAGCUGGGCAUUAAGGACCCCUCUGUGUUUACCCCCCCGAGCACAUGCCAGAUGGCCCAGCUGGAGAAGAUGAGUGAGGACUGUUCCUGGUGAGCCAGCCCAGGCAUGAGUGAAGACCGAGGACAUCAUCCCCCAGUGACUCCAGCUGGACACAGACUAGAGACUUGGAUGGAUCCGAAUCUACAUUGGAAAUAAGGAGAGGUUUAAGAUCAGCACUAAGGUGGGUUUUCUCCUGGACUGGAUGAUGGCUACUCAGCUCCAUUUACAGAAGGAAGUAGAAUGGAAAACUGAGGAUAGUAUGGCUGACACUUCCAGCCUUCUAACACUCACAUGAACCUGUGUUUUCUACACAUAGGUGUGUGCUCAGGGCAGUGCAGAGCGCAUUAAGAACUGUUGAUAAUGAGGAAACAGAAUGAUUUUGAUUCAUUUUAUUAUUUGUUAAGUUCUCUACAAAGAAAGCUGUCUGCAUUAUGGCAGCAACAUGGCCCACUGUUUCCAAAGUGACCUCUUUAAAUGCUGUCCUGAUCUCAUAGUGUUUUGGUUUGAUCCCCAUGGAUAUAAAUAUCUUAGAAGGAAAUAAAAAGUUCUCAUGUGAAGCAAUAAUUCCUCUAAAGAGGAAGGAGAGGUUUUAGGCAGCAGUGUGUGGAUAAUUGUAAGAUCUGAGUGGUGAAGCACAAGCCAUGUGUACUUCCUGUUCUCUAUGUAAGAAAACUGACCGAUGGACUCAUAGUGUCAUAUAAUAUAGCGCUGAACUUGGGAGAGUGUUGAUUCCCAAGUGGAAGACUAGAACUCCUUUGAGUAUUAGAUGUUCUACCUGCUCUCGCCUUGGCCUCCCUAGGUGUCUCACCUCAUAGAGACACAACCUCUGACUCUCUGACCUCAGCUUGCUCUUCCCAGCUCAGCUCACACAUGCCCAAAGUUAUUCACAACUUGAAUGAAUCCUGCUUUGCAGCACAAGCAUGCUCAUCUCACAAUACAUAUUACACAAUGUGACAGCUUUUGCUUCCUAAAUGCUACCCUCCACCAUCCUGGCUCAGAUAUCCCUGAGUGUGUACAGGUAUGGUGCUCUGUUUACCUUUUAUAUUCCCAGCACCAAGGAAGUGCCUGGCACAUGGUCAGUGCCUUCAGCAUUUACAGAGGGGAGAACACUGGCCUUUGCCCCCACCCCCCAUUUCCUCAUCUAUUAAGUAGGUUUGGGUUCACUGAGGAAGACUUCCAGUAAUAUAGUAAUUAUAUGAUACAAAUACACAGGAUAAUAAUACAUUCAACAAGUUUUGUUUCUUCUGUUAAUAUGUUUUACCUAGCCAUCUAUCUCUUUUAGUCUAAAAGAAAGAUGUGACACUUGUAUUAUGCUUUUAAAAAGAAUCUGUAUUGUUAGAGUUAAUCUAUAUUAAUAAACUUAAUGGCAUCACAAAU